ACGCCCCAUGCCUUCGAUGCGCACGGGCUAUAAGAGAAGUGUCCAUGGAGGCCGCUUCAGAUGGCACCUUCUCUUCUCCUUGAAGUUCUCCACUAACCAUGUUCUAGCUCUUCACCAGCAGCUAUGACACCUGCAGAAGGAAAGAAGCCAGACACCCCCACCAAGGGGGGCGACGGCGCGAGCCCCGUGCGGUUCAAGAUGGCUGCGCAGCUGCCCCCCCCGGCGCCCAUCAGCGGCCGGUCGUGGAUUCGAUCUCCGGAGGGGCCAAGCAAAGAGCAGCUGGAAAAAGACCCCAUAGCAGGGGACUUCGGGCUUUACUUCAACCUCAAGAUUAAGAAGUUGAAGGAGCAGUACCAGGCGGGCAUAGACAACGACUUGAUCACAGGGGAGGUGUCGCAGCCAGGCAAGUGGGCGAGCCAGCUGUUCAAGGGGGUCAAGAUCUGGGUGAACGGCCACUGUCGCCCGAGUCACCAAGAGCUGAAGCGACUCAUGGCGCUGCAUGGCGGAGUAUUCGAGACUUACUACACGCCCAACACCGGUGUGACCCACAUCAUAUGCACCCACCUGACUGACAGCAAGUACGCCGAUUACAGGCAUGGGCGCGGCCGGCCUCCAGUCCUCAAGCCCGAGUGGAUCACCGACUCCAUCGCAGCCAAUAAGCUGCUGCCAAUGGGGCCGUACGAACACGUCCGCAUCAAGCACGACCCCGGCCAGAGCGUCCUCGGCCGGACGCUCGUCCGGCUGGGGGGGUCAGAUGCACCAGCGACCAGGCUGCUGGGCGCCCCCCCCUCGGCGAAACCGGGGCCGUCUCCACCGGCUUUAGUAAGUUUCGGGGGGGACCCAAGAUCCGAAAGGAACGUGCUUCUUUUGGAGGGUCCGGAGUCUGCGUCCGGAGGGGCAAAAAUGGAGUCGGAGAAGGGAGAUGGCGUCUUAGACGGGGCAAACGGCGAGAUUGUUGGGAAGGAGUUGGGGAAUUCCGAGGCGGGGGAAAGGGGAAAAGGUCCCAAAGGGCAAAGUGGAGGGUGUUUCGAAGACUGUAUUAAAGAACGGGCAGGACCGGAAGGCGGCGAAAUCCUGGGAAGAGGUGCUUCUAGAGCGGAGAUGAGUGGAGUGGAGGUGGGGGCAUUGAACGAGAUGGCUGCCAGAUCAGGAGGAACAUCCCCCUCGGAGUUUGCGUCAGGGAAGAAAAGGUCACGGGACGCUUCCGAAAUGGGGGGAGCGGGGGAGAGCAAUUCGGAGAUGAGCGAGGGGAAGCCUGGGGAGAAAAGACCGCGCUUGACUUCUGAGAAAAUUGAAACAAGAAGCGAGGAAGCAACGCCAGGGUCAGACAUGGCGGGUAGCGGAAAGGCAGGUAGCGGAUUCGCAGGGAGCGGAAUCACCGGAAGCGGAUUUGAAGGGAGCGCGAUUGCCGCCCAACGAGACCCGGCUGUAGGAAGUAGCGUCGAAACGGGUGAUGGGGAGGGGGGUCUAGAUGAGCAGGAGAUGAACACCCCUGGAAAGCCUACUGUUCGCUUGAACGAAAGCGAGCCCCACCAAAGUGAGGGGGGCAUUGAAACCGGCAAGGAGACGCGGGGCGUCAGCGAAAGCACAGGCGGAACAAUCAAGACGGAUACUUCCGAAAAGGGGGGGUCGAGGGGCGGGGCUCCGGAGGGGGGGGUUGCAGAAGCAGGUAGUUCCGAAGCUUCCCCGGUUCGGGGGGGCCCGUCUCGGGCGGUUUCACACCAGAGCGCGUCCCCCAGCGGCAGGGCCCUCGGGUACGGUGUGAAUAAGCCCGGGCCGAACGGGUACGGUUCCGCCCCGUCUGGCGCCCGUUCACACUGCACGAAAGACGACCCCGAUUUUAUCAACAACUAUUACAAGAACUCACGGCUGCAUUUUAUUGGCACGUGGAGGUCUCGGUAUCAGGCGAUGGGGGGCGGGGAACAGUGGCGGAAAGGGGGGGGAAAGCCGGAGCUGCCGGCGGAGGGAUCCCCUGCAGCGGAGAAGGACCGACUGAUCGUGCACAUUGACAUGGACUGUUUCUUCGUGAACGUCGUCGUUCGAGACCGUCCGGAGCUCUUUGGCAAAGCCGUCGCCGUCAGUUGGGGCCAGGGCGCAACCGGAGGGGGUUCGGGAACCGCCGAAAUUUCGAGCGCCAACUACAAAGCGCGCGAGUACGGAAUAACGGCCAGCAUGUUCGUGCGCGAGGCGAAGCGGCGCUGCCCGGACCUGGUUAUCGUUAACUACGAUUUCGCUGCUUACGAAGAGGUCGCCGAUAAGCUAUACUCGCUGCUGCACCAAACGAGCAGCAAGGUCCAGGCCGUGAGCUGCGACGAGGCGUUUCUGGACAUUACCGGCUGUCCGGACCCGUCCGCUCUACUUUCCGACCUGCGGACGCGCAUCUUCACCGAGACGGGAUGCACCGCGAGCGCGGGAAUCGCGCACAAUUUGCUGCUCGCGCGCAUGGCAACUAGAAAGGCGAAGCCCAACGGGCAGCACCAUAUAGAGUUUGGACACGUGGCGGAGUAUAUGGCGGAGCUGCCGGUGGGGAAACUUCCGGGGGUGGGCUGGUCGCUGGAGGAGCGCCUCCGAGUGGCGGGCAUUCACACCUGCGCCGACGUGCGUCGGGUCAGCAGGGAGGCCCUUCAGCGCGACUUCGGUGUGAAGACGGGCGACAUGCUCUACUCGUACGCUCGGGGCGUCGACAUCAAGGAACUUGAGACGAACCAGAAGCGCAAGUCGGUGGGCGCCGAGUGUAACUGGGGCGUCCGCUUCAGCACCGACGCCGAGGCGCUCACUUUUCUCUCCAACCUAGUCACCGAGGUUUGCCACCGCCUCGCCGAGGCCGGGGUGCGCGGGCGCCAAUUCACACUCAAGAUCAAGAAGCGCAAACCGGGCGCGGGCGAGCCCGCCAAAUUCAUGGGCUGCGGACACUGCGACAAUCUGAGCCGAUCCGCCGCGGUCCCGGAGGCGACCGCUGACGUCAGCAUCGUGGAGCGGCUGAUCCGGCCGCUGUACCACGCGCUGGCGGUGCCCCCGAAAGAGAUUCGGGGGGUGGGGAUCGGGGUCACGCGGCUGGAAGAAGAUACGGGGGGGAGCGCAAAGGAGGGGGGGAUUAGUGGGUGGCUGGAGCGGGGGGGAAAGGAAGGGGGGAAGAAAGCGAAGGAGGGGGGGGAGUCAAUUGGGGGAAGCGAGACUAGAGAUGAACUCGAGAAGGCUCCCGUGGGUGAGGGUAUGGGCGGAACUAGGGGCAAAAUCGAUGAUGAAUCUGCCCGUGGGGCUUUAGGGGGAAAGUCGGUUGGUGAAGGAGACAUGAAGGAGAAGCGGGAUGCGGUUGUUGCUGUCGGUUCUGGGGCUCUGCUCUUGCCCGAAAAGAGCGGCCUUUCCGAACCAGGGGGUAUUAACGCCAGCACGGGGGCCCGUCCGCAAAAAGAUGAGGUGCAAGCUAGCGACGGUGUAAUUAAGCGCCCGGCAGAGCCUCAGAACCUGGCUCACGACGACGAGGAAAUUUUUCACACUUUGGACCCCCAGCGGCGGCAGCAUUUGCAGGAGAUCAAGGCGGGAAAAGCCAGGGCGGAAGACACGCAGAAUGAGCCCCCCCCUCCGCAAGACACGGGUAGCAGUCUGAGCCUUCCCCCCGAGACGGAACUGGAUCCGGCGGUGCUGGCGGAACUGCCGGAAGAGAUCAGAGCGGAACUCGAGCAGGCGUAUCGGCAAAAGUUUGUUGGGGCGGGGAGCACAAGCCGGGUUCAAGAAAUUGGUGCCAAAGGGCCUGGCAUCAGCGGAACGGAAGGGGUCGAGCGGAACCGGAAACGGGGGGCUAGCGAAACGGAACGGGACGGCUUCGAAUCGAAUCCAAGUAGGAGCACGGUUAGCAAGAGUGUAGAGCCCAGGCAGAGUAGUGCCUCCAUCGACAAACACGAGAGGGACUCGGUGGAAAAGGGGUUGGUCCUGCUAAACAACGAAACGGCGCUAGCGACCAGCGCGGCUUCUACGGAACUCUCAGUCGGACACGUGGCAGCGGCGGCGCCGUCGGAUGCGCUAGUGACGGUCCCAGCGGGAGGGACAGUAGUGGGCGGGUUGAGUGGGACAGGAACUAGUGCGGGGGGCAGUAGCCCUAUCAGCGCGCUUCCUCCAAUGUCACAGGUGGACCAGUCCGUACUGGACGCGCUUCCGCUGAUGCUCCGAAGGGAACUAGAGCGGGCGUACGAGACGCGCGAAGGAUCGCGCCUUCCCCUUGGUCCCAAGCGGAAACCGGGUCCGGUCAAGUUAACCGGCACCGUCUCCCGCGCCCAAAAGCAAGCGCGCAUCACCAGGCCAUUGCCUGCCCCCUCCCGACCUGCCCUCAAACCUGCCCCCAAACUCAUGUCCAAACCCGCCCCUAAACCGGUUUACAAACCCGCUCCAAAACCCACUUCGCAGUCCGCUCCAGAACCGCAUUCUCGUCCGCCAGUAAAUGCAAUUGUCCCUGCUUUAGAACCCCCCCCUGUCGCUAAGUCACCAUCUCCGGUUCCUGACCCCCCCCCUCUGGAAGCCCCCGUUCCCUCCCUGUCAAACCUCUGGUCAGGCGACCCCCCCAAAUGGAUGCGCCUCUGCGCAUCGGGCCUCGACGUCCUUCAGCCGCUUAUGGACGUAUACGUACAGCACCCCGACGGAGAAAAGCUCGGCUUAGCCGACGCGUUACAGGGCAUGGCGCAGGGGGGGGUCCUGCCAGUACUCGCGUCCCAGUCUAGCUCACCCCCCCAGGGGAGCGCCCUUCUGCGGCUGCAGUGCACGCCUCCCCCUGGGGGGGAAAUGAGGGCGAAAAUUGAGGCCUUGAAUGAGGCGCCAGUGGAAGCGUAUGCGGCGGUUGUGGCGCAAUAUGUGGAGGGAGUGCUCGAGGGGGGUCUGGAGGAAGUGCAGCGCCUCCUGAAGACGCUCAGGAGGCUUGCCGAUCGCUGGAGCUUCUGGGGCGCCAUCCAGCAGCGGGCCGAGAACAGCAUCCAGGUCAAGGUGCAGAACAUGUACGGAGGUCGACUAAGGUUGUAAGGGCGGUUCUCAUACGGCCAUGUUCUGCGGAGCAGCGGACGAAAGAAGCAAGCAUGAUCGAGGUGACGGACGCAGCCCUACGCGAAGUUUGGUCUCCUUCUUCCUGCACCUGGAUUCGAAAAGCACGUUUUUGAAUCUACAUAGGACAAUCCAGGUAGACCCUUAUACCGUCGUUCGAUGAAAAGAGCAGGUUAAAAGGAUCGUUCAAGAUCAGCCGGCAGCAAGUCCUUGGUCGGUAGCGACCGUCCACGACAAGAUAAACGUACGGCUUAACAGGAUGAGGAGUUGACUUUUGUAAGUUCGAAACCAAAUGCAUGCCUCUCCUUUCCGAAAG